CUGUGUACGGGUCAAGAGUGUGGACCAUCAAUGGACCUGUGGCGCGUGGAACUCAAGUUCCAAGGCAUGUGCUGCAACCUCGUGGGGAAGCUGCCGGUGGAGAAGCGGCACUACCUCAAGGACUUCCCCACCAAGCUCAGUGUGAGCAUGAAGGCCAAGUACACGGCGAUUCCGGCCACGAGUUUCUUCUGCAAGUUUGCGUCCAAGGACGCCACCGACCUCGUCGAGUACCUCAAGCGUAAGCGCAUGGCGGCCUGUGUGACCUUUCUCUACUCCAAGUACAUCUUCACUCUGUACCUCGUGGUGCCGUCGGACCUGCCGCAGCUCAAGUGCCUCCAGCGUCUCAAAAAGACAGGCGCGAACGUCGAGUCGCUGUGUCGCAAAGACGACGGCGUCGUGAUUGGCGUCCUGAGCCGCGAAAUCAACAAGGUCGCAGAAGACAGACUGAUCGCGAAACAGAUGCAGCUCCAGGAAGCGGCUCGAAGCGCGCGCAAACUCGGCUCGACCGUCGGCGACCCCUUGUUGGAGCUGGAGCUGUUGCUGCAGCGCCUGCCCACGACCAAGUCGGCGAUUGACGUACGUACAUGUUUUGUCGAUGGAAGAAUGGCAUGAGCGAUGGAUAUUAAGUUGUGCGUUAGCACUGCGCAUUGUUCAUGGUCAAGCAGAAACAUCGCUUCGACGACGUGUGGAGCCGCGUGGUCGACGCCAUGCUCGGGUUCGACCAAGGAAAAGGCCGACUGAACGUCGUGUUCCUCGCGCAUGAGGUCAUCCGAAAGGUCCGCGGCGGCACCAACGACGACCAGGACAACGCCGCGCUCGCGUCGUCCGGCUUGGUGCGCGCCGGCGAGCGCAUCUUUCACAAGCUCCUCGAUGCUCUCGACACGAAAUGCCGGCAUUCGACCGUGGUGAGCGAAAUCCUGGCGUUGUGGGCCAAGUGGCAAGUUCGGUAUGAUGCCGACAUGGACGUGCCAACGACGGACCCGCUCCUUGUCGAUGACGUUAUCCCGUCUGUGUCCACUGUAUCGCAGAUAUCGUCCUCACCGCCGCCGUCAAUGUCGACCGACGGCUCGACGUCGUCGCAGGUUUUGGCAGUCAUGCGGCGGCACCACAUCACCCCAGGUGCAUGGGAAAUCUACUUGUCUCGCGCCAACCCGGACGAGCUGUUUGAAAUCGACCACGUGCUCACGUUGAACGGCAACUACAGCUCCUUCUUACCUCCCAAUGCCCUCGACGGCAGCUCGGACGUGCUCGGCGGACACAACCGGCGGUUCUCUGGCGAUGCGUUUCUGCAUCGAUAUGUGAAGAAGAACUUCAAGCAUUUGAUCGAUACACAUCAGACAACGUCGUCUGUGGACCCCGACCACAUGCGCACGACCGCCGACGUCCUCAAGGAGGCGCUUGUGUGCUCAUGGGAGUUUGACGCUGAAGCCACGCGUUCCAUCUACAAGAGUGACAGUGCAUUCAUCGACGAAAGCUGGCGCAAGCUAGAGGCGCGAAUGCCAUGCGACAACCUGAACGCGUACAUUAUGAGCUUUCUCAAGCGAUGCAACCACAACCUGUAUGCGACCAAUCCCGCAUUUGUUGCGCUCUCGGCUGCGUUGGCCGAUGCUAGAAUGACUCCUAGUACUAGUACUACUAGUAGUAGGAGGUUGCUGCCGCCGUCGGGUACCAACAACGAUGACGAAGAGGCCCCCAAGACGACAGACACCCCAGACAACAUGGACGAGGUGGACCAGAAGAUCCUCGACGGCAUUGUCCAAGUAUGGGGGCCGCAACUGUCGGCGGACGCGACGCUCAAACUCCGGGAGCUUCCCGCGGCAGUCGUACGGCGGCUGGCCAAACAGGCCGUGGCCGCAUGUGUCGAUGGAAAGCCCCCGGCCAUGUCACGACUGAUUGUCCACGAAGCCAAGCAACAGACCAAGGGCAAGGGCAAGUGGUGGUCGCCUCGCAUGCGCGCGACGAUUCAAGACGCAUAUCGCCGACUCACGGGCGGAAAGCGGCUUGCCGACGACGACAUGAACCCCCGUCCAUCGCAACGCGCCAAGGAUAGUACUACUACUAGUACUAGUACUAGUAGCGACAGCACAGACACUACUAGUACGGCGGGGGGUCCAUUGACAGACGACGAGUUGGCGGCGUUGAAAGCGCGGAUUCCGAAACCGCCGACGCUCAAGUUUCACAAAGUUAAGCGAAAAGACAUCCAGCGCGUGGAAACCAACAUCAACGGCACCAUGGGCAUGGCCGUGUCGGGGAUUCCCAACAGUGGCCGCGGCAUGUUCAACCUGUCCGAGCAUGCGUGGCCGGCGUUCUCGGUCGUGUGUAUCUUUGGGAGUCGGCGCAUCUCACAAGACAUGCAUCACGAUGGCUUAAACAAGGUCGCUCGAUGCGGCGAAGUAGGCGAGACAUUUGUGGUCGUGAAUGGCGAAGUGAAGGAAGUAGACAAGUUUAUGGACCAAUAUGGCCACCGCCUGAUCGAGUACGACGGUCUCGUGGAUGCUGAAGGGUCCAUGGGCGGCUUCCCGAAUGACCGCGUGUACGAGUACCCAGAGGAACACUACUGGGACGCCAGUGGGUUCUACAACAACACCAUCUUGUGCCCCGGAUGUAUCGUCGACCCUGCCAAACCAGAGAGUAAAAUCGUGCUUGAUCAACUGUACCUGGUCACGUGGAAGCCCGUGGAGCCUCUCCACGAGUUCUUCCUGGCAUAUGGGACAUCGUACUAUGAAGAAGACGACCCAAACCACCCGAGAAAGGUCAUCAAGAGAUAACAUAUAGUAUACGACCAUCGUGGCAUA